AUGAUCUCCCAGGUCUCCACUAGUCUCCCACGGCCGAAAGACGAUCCCGUGAUCAGCUUCCAAAAGAAAGAUGUAAUCGACCUUGAACUACCACACAACGACGCCCUUGUUAUCAGCAUUCAAAUUGCUCAAGCCAUGGUUGAUCGAAUCUAUGCAGACCAAGGCAGUGCAGCCAACAUCCUACAAUUGGUAGUCAUCCAACAGAUGGGCUUAGAGACGAGGAUCAAUAAAUCAGCCAAGUCGCCGACUGGCUUCAAUGGCGCAACAAAGCUUACCAUGGACACGAAAGAUCUCGACGUCUACUCCCCACCUGUAAUCAGCUUGCAAACGUUCAUGGUCAUUGAUAAAGUCUCACCCUACAAUGGCAUUCUAGGCAGAUCAUGGAUCGGCAAGAUCAACGCCAUCACCUCUGCCACACAUCAGAAGAUCCGCUAUCCAAUCCCUGGAGGCGGUAUCUGCCAGAUCAACAGCGAUCAGGCAAUGGCGAGGAAAUGCUCAGCUCAAGGGGACCAAGUCGAGGGAAUCCGUCUGAAUGUCUCUCCUGAAGAAGGAUGGAAGCUCGAAGAGGACGUCGAGCUAGUACCCUUUGAUCCUGAUAAGCCAGAGACAAAAGCGCAGAUCGGCUUGCGCCUAUGCCAGGAGGAAAAGGCAGAGCUUGCAGCCUUCCUCCAGAACAACAAAGGCGUAUUUGUAUGGUCGCCAUCUGACAUGCCAAGCAUCGAUCCCCAGAUUAUCUGUCAUCGCCUAUACUUCAACCUAGCUAUCAAGCCUGUAGCACAGAAGAGACGUAACUUCACCCCUGAAAGGGUUGCCAUCAUUGAAGUCGAGAUCAACAAACUCCUAGCUGCCGGUUUCAUUGAAGAAGUCUCCUACGCAGAAUGGCUGACGAAUGUUGUUCUAGUAGAAAAGAAAGAUAAAGGCCUGUGGAGAGUGUGCGUCGACUACACCGACCUCAAUAAGGCAUGCCCUAAAGACAACUUUCCACUGCCAAGAAUUGAUCAACUCGUCGAUUCGACUUCCGGCAAUCAACUGCUAAGCUUCACGGACGCCUACUCCGGCUACAACCAAAUCAUGAUGCAUGAAGAUGACAAGGCAAAUACCUCAUUCAUCAUCGAAAGAGGCUUUUAUGCUUCAAACAACGAGGCAGAAUAUGAGGCACUGCUUGCAGGAUUGCGCCUAGCGAAAGAAUUGUCUAUCAAGAGAUUGGCCAUCUACUCAGACUCCCAGUUGAUCGCGAAUCAAGCCUCAAGCAAGUACAUGGCAAAGCAUCCAAGAAUGGUCCAGUACCUCGACAAAGUCCAAGGACUUUUGAAAGAAUUCCCUACUUUCACCAUCCAACAAGUUCCACGAGUAGAGAACACUCAUGCAGAUGCGGUGGUGAGCUUAAAAUUAGCACUGGACACCUAG